AUGCUGUCCAUCCUCCUGCAGAAACAUCGAGAGAAGAACCGCAGUGUGCAUCUUACUUUUCUCGAUCUCGAGAAAGCUUUCGACCGUGUCCCACAUGAGCUGUUAUGGAUGUCCAUGAGGUCGCAUAAAGUACCAGAAGAAUGUGUGCGGUGGACGAAGCUGCUUUAUGCGAAGCCUGCCAGCGUUAUACGACGUGCUGCUAGAACAAGCAGGCCAUUCCCUGUACAGGUAGGGGUUCAUCAGAGUUCAUCCCUCUCACCCCUGCUGUUCGUACUGUGCAUGGACACCAUAACGAAGGAAAUCCAGAAGCAUCCGUGGACUCUACUCUUUGCCGACGAUGUCAUGCUCGCGUCCGAGUCUCGAGAUGAUCUUCAGAAGCAAGUACAGUUUUUUAAGGAUCGGCUGCAGCAAUAUGGAUUGCGCCUCAACACAUCAAAAAUUGAGUACAUGGAGUGCGGACCAAGGAUAAAGGAUGGUUCAAUUCGUGUCGAUGGCACCGAAUUAAACAAGGUGAACCGUUUCAAGUACCUUGGAUCCAAAGUGACUUCCACAGGCGACAUUGAUCAAGAAGGUCGAGCACGUGUGAAUGUGGCAUGGAAGAAAUGGGAAAUGGCAACAGGCGUGCUGUGCGACAAGAAAGUCCUGUUCGACUGA